AUGGCGUCGGCGGUGGAGGUGAGUGAUGUGUUGGCCGAGCCCGCGUCCCACCAUAGCCCGGACCGCGUGUGGGGCCUGAGCCUGCUGGGGUUCGAGACGGCGCGGUUGUGGACCUACAGGGUGCUGUCUCUGGUGCUGGCCGUGCCCAUGGCCCUGCUCGCUGGCGUAUUCCUGGGCCUCCUGGCGUGCCUCCACAUCUGGUGCGUGGUUCCGUGCGUGCAGCUCAGCAACACGUUUCUUCCGUGCCUGCACUCUGUGUGGCUGUGUGCCGUCAACGACUUCAUCUCUCCCACGUGUAGAUCCCUCGCUCUCUGCUGCAGCCAGAUAGCUGUCUCGCUGUCCAACUACAAGGACGCGGCAUGGUCUUCCGCCGGCCACAAAGAGGCUGUAUGAGGGACUGAAUGAUUUAUUGAGUGAGUGAGUGAGUGAGUGAGUGAGUGAGUGAGUGAGUGAGUGAGUGAGUGAGUGAGUGAGUGAGUGAGUGAGUGAGUGAGUGAAAGAGAGGGAGGGAGUGUUUUAUUCGAUUUAACAAAGGAUCAAUCAUUACUAUGUAGGAAGGGAGUAAGGGAAUGUUAUUCUUGUUAUUUUAUUUUAUUGGUUUCAAAAUUGAAUGAACAAAACGUAAAUCAUAAAUAAUUGUUGUCCUUUCUCUAUUAUUGUGUGUUCUUUAUAUAUAUAUAUUUUUUGUUACAAAUAAUAAUUAACUUUGGAUUUUACUAAAGCUCUUUUAAGUUUUAUUUGAAUUUUUUACCAUGUCCGCUUAGACUUUUUAUAAAUUGCUGUGAUGUUUAAAACAAUGUUGUAAUCCUAGAAAUAUUCAAGCAAUAAACACUAAAGACUGCCCAAAC